UGGGGUCUGUGUUGAUGUGUGUCAGUCAGGGUGCUGUGGAUAGUGUGUGCUGGACAGGACUCGGGUCUGUGUUGAUGUGUGUCAGUCAGGGUGCUGUGGAUAGUGUGUGCUGGACAGGACUGGGGUCUGUGUUGAUGUGUGUCAGUAAGGGUGCUGUGGAUAGUGUGUGCUGGACAGGACUGGGGUCUGUGUUGAUGUGUGUCAGUCAGGGUGCUGUGGAUAGUGUGUGCUGGACAGGACUGGGGUCUGUGUUGAUGUGUGUCAGUCAGGGUGCUGUGGAUAGUGUGUGCUGGACAGGACUGGGGUCUGUGUUGAUGUGUGUCAGUCAGGGUGCUGUGGAUAGUGUGUGCAGGACAGGACUGGGGUCUGUGUUGGUGUGUGUCAGUCAGGGUGCUGUGGAUAGUGUGUGCUGGACAGGACUGGGGUCUGUGUUGGUGUGUGUCAGUCAGGGUGCUGUGGGUAUUGUAGAUUUAUAUUACUGUUUUGGUUUAAUAAAUGCAAGCCCUUUCUUUAUCUCUGGUAAGCAAAACCACUUCGAUUUCUGCAGGUUUUAAAUGGCUGGGCGAAUUGGAAAUGGGACGUGUAUUUGAGGCAGGAAGGGUGGGAUGUUGUGGACGCGCGGGUAGGGGACUAGGACUGAGGGCGUGGCCUCGUCGUGGACGCGCAUUGCUACAUGCAUGUUCCUUUCGCUUCAGAGAGACGGGCACACGCGGAUUAGAAUGCUGAGAAUCAAAUAUUGUUGUUUGUUGGAUUCCAACAGUGGCAGUUCUUAAAGAGGCAGUUACAAAAAUAAUUCAAAAUCUGACACCAGAAUCCGGACUCUUUUUUAAAAGUGGUGUUGUUGUAGCACUUAAACAGUUCUGGUUACGAAAUAUACCGAACUGGAAAAAUAGAAGUUAGGGGAGAAAAACAAAGAAACAGGAAGAUCAGUGCGUGUUGCUAAUAAAUACCUGGAUGUGUAUUGUGGGCUACGAUACAAGAAAAGCAUGCACUUGCUACGAUAUUGACAGUAUCGCAGAUCUGCAGAAGUUAUUGUGAAAUAUUGUAAUCACUUCUGCGAGAUAGGGAAAUACACCAAGCAGGCGUCAUUCGGGAGAGGUCGUAUCAUACAUGCAUCUUUGCAUUCAGCACUGUUUUGACGAGUUGAGUGAAGACAAUCCCAGGUCGAGACACAAGUGCCUCCAGCACGCUGUACCCCCGCUGCAGAGCUUGACUUGCCCCCCGACGUCACCAAUGCGACCAUGGGAAAUCACGGUGAAUAGGCGGCCACCCACUGCCCCCUUCAAUCAGAGGAGAUUCCCAGGGGAGCCCUGCAAUAUCCCAGCGCAUCUCAGGAGGAGCCCUCCAGUGAGACGGCAGUGGGGGCGGCGAGACAGACCCUUGUUGCACAGCUCUUUGCAUCAGGAUGAGAAUUUCCACCACGCGCUGUUCACGCAGCAUCAGCAGCAGCUCUCUUUAGAUGAGUCAAGACCGUACAGUCACACCAGCGUACCGCCACGAAUGCUGCACCCUGCCGCACACCCGCCUCAGCAGAACCCCAUCAUGGUGGAGCUUCACGAGCAGAUGCAUCAGGGGCCAGUCCCGAUUUCAUACACGGUUACCACGGUGACGACCCACGGUUUCCCAAUCCAUGCCGGCCAGCCUAUCCCAGGGUGCAGCACUCAGCAGCUCCCAGCAUGCUCGGUAAUGUUGAGCAGACAGCUCUCUCUGCUCUGCUGUCUUCUUCCUCCUCCCCUGAUCCAAGCCUGCACAAUGCAGCACUUGCCAGUAUCUUACCAAGCCUUUCCGCCUCUGAUCUCCAGCGAACAUUUUAUACUGCACCCUCCUCCGUCUGUGCCGGCACACCAACCGCCUCACCUCGCUCCCCUGAGCCAGUUCGUCCCUCUGCAGCCACAGCACCCCCGCAUGCCUUUGCAGAGGGUAGAGAACGACGUGGAGAUGAGAGGGGACCAGCACCCUGUGGGGGGGUUCUCCUACCCCCCUGCCCACCACCCACCAGCAAUGCCUCCGUCUGUGCCCCUCCAGUACCUCCCUCAUGACCCUCUUCACCAGGAGCUGCCCUUCGGAGUGCCAUAUCCUCACGUGCUGCCGAGGCGUGUGAGCGGGCAGAGGUACCGGCUACAGCAACCCCUGCCCCCUCCCCCACCCCCGCCACCGUACUAUCCCAGCUUCCUGCCGUACUUCCUCUCAAUGCUUCCGGUGCCUCCGACUGCAGUGGGACCCGCCAUCAGCCUGGACCUAGAUGUGGAUGACGUGGAGAUGGAAAACUAUGAGGCGUUGCUGAACCUCGCUGAGAGGCUGGGAGAGGCCAAACCUCGUGGACUCACCAAAGCCGAUAUAGAGCAGCUUCCGUCCUACAGGUUCAACCAGGAGAACCACCAGUCUGAACAAACUCUGUGUGUUGUGUGCUUUAGUGAUUUUGAGUCCAGGCAGCUGCUGCGAGUCUUGCCUUGCAACCACGAGUUUCACGCAAAGUGUGUUGACAAAUGGUUAAAGAGCAAUCGCACGUGUCCAAUCUGUCGAGCAGACGCUUCAGAAAUCCACAGAGAUGUUGAGUGAAACUUUUCUUUGUUUUAAUCAACAAGAAGCAGCACAAUAAAUGGAGACCGUUCUCUUGGAGAAACGGGAACCUACCGCCUACCCCUCCGUAUUCCCCCGAGCCUUUUCCUCUUGAACAAUAAGCAAUCUAGGAUCGUAUUUGGGGCUCUGUUUUACCUCCGCUGUGCAUCGUGUAAGUUUGAUGAAAGCUACUGCCUAGUAUAACCGCAUAGCCACCACGUUCUGGAGUUGUGUUGUGUGUACUUUUUGCGAUCGCCCUUGUGUUUCUGAUACUCCAAAGAUUUAACAUGUAAUACCUGUUCUUGUGUUUUAACUCUUUUGGUUUUAUUUGGUUUUCUAGUUGAUGCUAGAAUCAUUCCAAGUACUGCAACAGUGGGGGAGUGUGGGGGGUAAAAUGGUUGUGCAAUCAGCAGACUAGGAAAACAAGGUUAUUGUGGAAGAAAACUGGACCAUUCCACUGAGCUGGAGGGAGGCUUCACUGUCUGAGAUGCAUGUUUGUAAAGGUGAUGGGCAAAGUGACUUGUUAAUAAUGUAUGUUACGCAAUAAUGUAUUUGAUUUUGUUUUUUUAAUGAAUUGCUGAAUGCUAUCGUAAAAAGUACGACUUGCAGUGGUAAAAAGGUGCAGUAUCUUUUUAAGGCCUGAGGCAAGGUGUGCUUGAAAUGAAACUUCAAACAAAGAAGCCAUGAAAUAAUGUGGGUUGUGGAACAAACGCCACUGUUACUCCAGCAGGGGGCAUGGUUCCAGACUGACCGACUUGGCAACAGAAAAAGAAAGACAUGGGACAAGCUGCUGUUUUACACGCAGCAUUGCUGGGCUCUACUGAACAGUACAAACAGCCCUGGAUACUCGCCCCACCACAGCAGUACACAGUCAUCCAGCUGCAACUCCUUGUACCGUGGAUGGAAUCAAGGCAUGCUGGGAAUUGCAUGGACUGUUAACUUAGCCGAGCAAUAUGUAAAUGGCGAUCAAGUACUUCUUAAUCAAGCGGAUUACUAGGGUAACUGAGAGCAUGGUGUUGAUCUGCUUUCUGCCCAUCCCUGUAGAGACCUGUUAGAUUUGUUUUGUGAUUGACAGCUUCCAGUCUUGAAGGGGCUGCAUGGCACCCUGCAGAGUGUGCAGAUCAAUGGGACAUUUCUUCCCGACUUGGAGGAGGCCUGCUUUUCUUGUUUGUGAGCCAAAUAUUCAGUACACUCCUCUUUUUAUUUUCAGCUAUGCCUUUCAACACCUUGAGAAGCACAAACGCGUAUCACUGAAGUUUUAAAGAUCUAACAGUUCUUUCUCUGCCACCUUUCACCCUUUUUAUAUAGACGUGUUCGGUUGUUUUAAAGGGUUUUAUUUCUUGCUUGUAUCUUCUGGAAAAGUGAAGGGUUCUGGGAAGGAUAAGGUGGAAGCAAUACCAUGAGGUUGGCUGUUUGUUUCGAAAUCUCUGUCGGGUCUCGUACAAGAUGCAGCGUUUUUAAAAGACAGCUUGAAGAGUAUUACAUAACAAGACAUGUUUCACUUGCAUUGUCUUGUUUUGAAGACAGAAGAAUGUUUAAGCAAGCUGCGUAACCUGUGUUCACUAUUGGUGACAGUAAUGGGGUGAGUUCACAGUGCUAAUAUCAGUGAUAAUGUCGCUGGCUCUGCUGAGUAAUGCACUGGACUUUUCCCCUCUCAGCCCCUCUUGCUCGGAUCUUAAACACAAUGCUCUGGUGGUUCAGGAUAUAUUAAAUGGCUUUGAGAGUCCUUCGUGCAUAGGGAAUACCCAUUGUAGCACUGCCAUAGUGAACACUUGCUGGCAACUAGUCUUUAUACAAACAGUGGAGGCUUUCACCCCUUCAACUCUGGUUUGACUUGCUGGCAUAGGCUUGCCCUGGCAGGACUCCAGUGCCCUCAUCGUAGCUGUUAUCAAAAGCCAUUUGGAAUAGACUAUAUCCCACCACGUAGAAUAUGCCUCUCUAUACACAGAGCUAAUGAGGGGUAUGUGUGUGCAUAGAAACCUUUCUUAUUUGAAUAUGUUGUGAAUUGUGACAGAUUUCACUCAGGGGCUUUCCAAUUUAAGAAAAAUCAAAGGAAACAAAAACAAAUUUGAAAUCAAAAUGUUACCAUGAAGGGGAGAUACCUUGCUUUUUUAAAGAAUAUAUAUAUAUAUAUAUAUAUAUAUAUAUAGUGUAUUUUUGUUUUCUGCAGGCUCUACGUGGGGUUUUUAAUACAACCAGUUCAAUUUCCAUUCAGUUUUUUUUUUUUUUUUGCAGAGAGCAAUGGAUAUCACAUCUUUUUAAAGACAGGCAUGCAAGGAAAAAAAAAAAAAAAAGUAUAUAAAAUAUAUAUCUCUAUAAAAUAGGCAAUGUGUCACUGCGGCCCAUCAUCGAAGUGUGUGUUAAUCUACCUAUUAACGGUCUGUUUCUGUGUUCUUGUAUUUGAAUGAUAGACUAAUUUUUAUAUAUAUAUAUAUAUAUAUAUAUAUAUAUAUAUAUAUAUAUAUAUAUAUAUAUAUAUAUAUAUAUAUAUAUACACACACAUAUAUACACUGGUUGUGUUCCUAUUUUAAAUGUGUGCCUUUGCACACACUAUCCUACCUAAACCACUUCCAAACUUAUCAUAAAGGUGUUUGCAUGAUUUUAAAUAAAUAAAUAAAUAAAAAAUAAAGUGUAAUUUGAGUGAAAGCUAUCUAGAAAGGGGCACUGUUUAAAUGUGCACAAUAUGCAUGCAUGUCUGCCAGAUAUGGAAUGCUUUCUAGCUAGCUCUAGUUGGCUGUGGGUUUUAGGGAGGGGAGGGGAGGGGAGGGGAGGGGACUUUGUGCUCAGCUGAUACCUGCCAUGCACUGUACUGCACACAUUCGUAAUACACUUGAAAGACUGCAAGAUUUUAUUUUAUUUAUUUGUAGUUUCAAAAUCCAAAGGCGCUCUCUCUCACACACACAGUAUAAGGCUCUCUUAUUUAAAUCUGACUUGAGAAAUAAUUUAGAUUUGAUUGCCUGGUGCAGUUAUACCCCAGUGACUCUAGGCGGCGCUGUUGGAAACAGACAUUUGAAAGCCAUACAGUAAUCCGGUGCUAGAUGCUAUAUUUUUAGGAUGUUGCUAUAUUCACUUUAAACGGAAUGCAAUAGUUUAUUUUGGAUCCAUCAAGUAUUAACAGAAUUCAGAGCAAAUGCACAACAGCGCCAUCUACUGCCAUCUCCAAUUAAAAUGAAUUAAAGUAAAUUUCAUAGUUAUUUAGAGACCCCCUAGUAGUGAAUGAAUGUUAUUUAAAAACUCCUCUGCAACUGCAGUUCUUUUUUUUAAUCAAGUCUUGGAGCUAAAUGCCAAACCUGAUUUAAAAUGCGCUUGAUGGGGCUCUUUCACUGCUUAUUUGGAAAAUAAACACGACUCUAAUAAUCUUGUUAGUGUUCAGAUUUGUCUGUUAAUCCUUCAGGUCUCAUCUGCUAAAUCCAUUUAAUUUGUAUUUCCUGUAUUCUGUUCAUUAAUACCUGAGCUUCUUGUUUUAUUAUUGUAUGAUGCUGAGAUCCUCUUUUGAACCAUGUAGGUCAUUUUUUUUUAUUUCACAGUAAAAACGUUCCUGUUAAUUCUUCUUCCACAGAAAUGAAAUGAAUGCCCAUUUUGGGGGUUGGCAUUUCCAUGCCCAAGAUGUCUUAAUUUCUUUUUGAGUUCUCUGCUGUUUUUAUUAGUAGCAUGUAUUAUAUUCAACUGUAAUUAGGAACAUCCUUCCUAAUUCUCUUAUUUAAUUGCCAGAAACAACAUGAAAGACUUCAAACUAAAAUCUGAUUUUUCUUGUAUUUUUCUUGAAAUCCUCAUUCAUCUUCGAGUCGCGAUGCAAAUGUUCAGCAUUGAAACCGUUGCUUCUGAGCAUGUCCAAUACUUUACUAAAACCAGUUCACUUAGUACCACGUGGUACUGAUGCAGCUUACAGUGUGGUCUUCAGAUUUCAGCAGGAAAAAACAGAAUCUUGUAGUCUUUUAGUAAUCCAAUUAAUAAAGAAAUCUCACAGCUUGUGUGGUGCGAAAUGUAUUCCAAUAAGCAGCUAAAAUUCUUUAGGACUUGUGAUUUGUUGAUUGCUCUGUAGAUGCCACUGAUUGUUUACCGAUGGUUUUUGCUGUGGUGGGAUAGUGGAUUGUUUACUGUUAUAAUACACCCUGGUCCCUAGGGGGAGCUAGUCUGGUGUGCAGGCAGCUCCCUUGAAGGGUGUCAGGGUAUGUGUUCUGUGUUAGGAAGAUAUUUUUGCUUUGGUACUUGCACAUUUACAGUUACCUCAUUUUUGCCAUGUUUGUAUUUGAAAAAAAAAAAAUGCUAAUAUAUAUAUAUAUAUAUAUAUAUAUAUAUAUAGGAAAAUGGUUUUUAAUGCUAUAUAUUUUUUCCAUUCCAUUAGAAUCAUAUUGUUUGUAGCAUUUAACAUUUAACUAGUUAUACUGUAUUAUAUAUAUACAUCUGUAUACCGAUUUGAAAUUUUUAAGAUUUGUACUUUUUUUAAAUGAAAGUUGCUAGUUCUGCUUUACCGAGUAGUGCAAUCAUAUUUUUUUUAAUUGUUGUGGCUGAUUUGAAAGGGUUGUUCACUAAUAAAUGUAUGAUGUAUACCAGUA